UUUCAGAGAGGGCAGUCAGACCACCACACUUGCAGGAGACCAAAUACUAUUAUAACACUAGGCUACGACGCGCGAACGAACUCUCCUGCAUAUUACGUUCAAAUGGCAGUUGUUACACAAAAAUGAUUGAUAGUAGAAGAAACACUCUAAUCGACCAAAUCCAAUUACAGAGAAUUGGAACUGAGAGGGCGCUUGGGCGUCUGGAGUCCAUCAGUUCCACUAUAAUGGAUACGCACGGGAACCAAAACGUGAGGCGACUCUCGGAAUGAACUACACAAACUUGCAAGGACAAGUGACCAACGUCAAACCUCAUUAUCAGCCCAGCGCGCAAUCCUUGCGGCUCAUCAUUCUGCUGAUCCUAGUCAUGGGGGUGGCCCCAUCCCCAGCUCUGACAGCGGGAUGCCCGGCACGGUGCAUAUGCGAUGACCAGCUGGUGGUCCAGUGCGCCGGGCAGCACCUCACCGCCUUCCCCACUGACCUGCCGCUGGCCACGCGGCAGCUCAUCAUCUCCAACAAUCGCAUCGUGGAGCUGCCGCCGUUGCAGCUCAACUACCUGUCGGACUUGGUGUACUUGGACUGUAGCAACAAUUCCCUGACGGAGAUUUCUAUGUCCACAUUCGGGAACCUGGGGAAGCUUGCUUACCUGGACUUGUCCUUCAACACCUUAACGCGGAUAGAGGACAGGACGUUCGGACCGCUCUCUAGCCUCGUGAUGCUGAGAAUGACGGACAACCCCGGCCUGUCGGAUAUUCACCCGGACGCUUUCGCAAAGAACUCGGCGCUGCAGGUGCUGGACGUGAGCCGGAACAACCUGACGGUGCUCAACAUCAGUUCUCUCAUCGCGCUGCCCAUCCUGCGCUCGGUCGGCCUCAGCGGGAAUUCCUGGAGCUGCGACUGCGAUAACGAGGACCUCUGUCUCUGGGUUCACAUCGAGGCAUUCAAGUUUCAAGAUGAGGGCCAGACGGUGUGCCGUGGUCCUCCUGAUCUGCAAGGGCAGCGUCUGGGUGAGCUGGGGCUGCAGCUGCGGUCGCGGUGCCACCAGGGCCUGGGUUCCUGGGACUACCUGUUCUUCCUCGCCAUCGGCUUCGUUAUCUUCGCGGCAGGAACGAUGUCGGCGUGGGCAAUCGGCGUGGUCAUGGUACUGUACGAACGCUAUGUCAAGAAGAAGAGCGAGCAGAUGGACCCAGAUGACGAGGUUGAACAGCACGCAGGACCUGGCACGGGGGGCGCAGGGGGUCACCAUGCCAACCCACGAGGUAAUGGGGAUUUGAAAAACACUGGUCACAUGGUGGUAUGACUCCACCCUGUCCCACAGCCUCCCUACCGACUGUGCCUCGGAACCUACAGAACUACAAAACCUUUGAUGUCAUAAAAUGACAGAGGUUAAGAAGAAACUACAAAGCAGAGCACACUGGGAUUAAUAAAAUACAGAAGAGAGACAACGCAGAAAUGUGCCUGAUUUUCAUGGUGAUUGAGAGUUGAAUGGUCAUAGUUCCUCAAAGUCCCAGUGCACAGUGUUUUGUAUCAUAUUGUACAACAGCUGAUGAAUCUAACUUUGUAAAAGUGUGACAAAAUGUGAUCAGUGUUAUUUACUGAUAGUUGAUGGUUGAAAAUACAAUCUAAAUAGGACCUUCUAAAUCAGCAGGUUU